AUGUAUCGCAUUGUAUUUAUUUUAGGUUCCCUUAUAUCGGUAGAAUGCCAAGUGUGUACGAAGAGAGUAAUGAGCAGUCGAUGGGUUCCACAAACUUAUGUUAAGACGUACAGGGAAAAUUAUCGCGCCCAAUGCUGGUAUGGUAGUUGCACGCGGACAAGGCUAGCUACCUAUGUAGACAGCAAGUGGGUCCAGAAAGUUGUUGUCGAAAAUAAGAAGACGUGUUGCGAUGGUUAUAUUCAAAUGGAUGAUGACGAAUUAGAAGAUAACAUUCAAUGUAAUCCUAUUUGUAUACCAGCUUGUAAAAAUGGCUAUUGUGAUAAACCAGGAGAAUGCAAGUGCAACAAUGGUUACUUCUUUAAACCCCACAGCACCUAUGAAUGCCUGCCGUCCUGUCAAAAUGAUUGUGGACGAGGCCAUUGUAGCGCCCCAGAAACAUGUGAAUGUGACUUUGGAUACGUUUUUCAAAACAAUACAUGUCAACCAAUUUGCAAUGAGCCCUGUAUAAAUGGGACUUGCAUUGCACCAGACACCUGUGAAUGUAAUAUUGGUUAUCGGAAGUCAGAGGAUAACAUUUGUGCCCCAUACUGUUCUAAGGGAUGCACACACGGAACAUGUGUUAGCCCAGAAGUUUGCCAAUGCGUUGCUGGAUUCAAAAAGUCUGAAGAUGAAUGUGUACCACAUUGUGAUAGUGAUUGUGGAUAUGGUAAUUGUACUGCACCAAACGAAUGUACAUGUAAUGAAGGAUAUAAAGUAGAAAAUAUAACUUGUAUACCGCACUGCAACGGCACCUGCGAUCAUGGCAAAUGUAUUGCUCCAAAUACGUGUAAAUGCGACGAAGGUUGGUCUAAUGUUUUUGGCGUUUGUCAACCAAUUUGUUCAAUCCCUUGUCAAAAUGGUGCUUGUAUUGGUCCAGAUGAGUGCUUGUGCGAUACUGGGUAUGUUAAAGCUGAAAAUGGUUCCUGCACUCCCUAUUGUGCAGAAUGUGAUCAUGGCAAAUGUAUUGCUCCAAAUACGUGUGAAUGCGACGAAGGUUGGUCCAAUGUUUCUGGUGUUUGUCAACCAAUUUGUUUAAUCUCUUGUCAAAAUGGUGCUUGUAUUGGUCCAGAUGAGUGCCUGUGCGAUACUGGGUAUGUUAAAGCUGAAAAAGGUUCAUGCACUCCCUAUUGUGCAGAAUGUGAUCAUGGAAGAUGUGUCGCUCCAGAUAUUUGUGAAUGUGAUGAUGGUUGGGUUAAAAAUGGCUCAAGCUGUACUGCGUUAUGUAAAACACCUUGUGGGCAUGGCUUUUGUGUGCAACCAAAUGUGUGCAAUUGUUAUCCAGGAUAUAAACAAGGCAUUCGGGCAUUAGGUGAAAUUUGUGUCCCUGACUGUGACUUAUGUAAUAAUACAUGUGUGGAACCUGAAUGUGUGUGUGAUUACCCAUGUUGUACCAGUGUGGAUUGUAUUAAAAUAUAUCGCACGGACGGGACAACGACAGUAGAAGACAGUACGUCUAAGGAAAAUACUACAAAAAGUACCAACUACUUGAAUACAACGAGUAUAGAUUAUGAUGAUGAUGAUAUUUCAACUGACAAUAUUUCGACCACAGACAAUGAAGAACUAUUAAAACAAACAAAAGACGAGCAUGCAGGAUAUCCAUACUGGGUCUAUUUUCUUCUUCUAGGCCUAAUUUUAUUAGCACCAUUUUCUGUGUAUAUUAUAAUUUUCGCAAGCAGGAAAAAGAUGCAGCACUGGUUUAAAGGUGGUAGCUAUGAAAUAGAUGAUCGCUACCCUCAAUGCAAGGAUUUGACAAUACCUCAAGCUAUGUCUGGCAGCUUGUCUUCGAUUAUUUCAUACUCUGAUAUUAAGAACAGAAAAGAAGCCGUUCAGAUGUAA